AUGGAAGAAAAUAAUGAUUUUUUUAGUCAAAAUUCCUUUGAAAGCGUCAUAAACGAGCUUAAAAUUCAUUGCAAAGUCGGAAGUCGAAAUAAUCACCAUCCAAACAUUUGCCAGAUUUUUGGAAUUGCUAAAGAGUUUGUCGAAAAUAUUACAAUUCAAAACUCACAUUUGAAUGAUAAUGUUGAUGACAAUAAUAAUAUGAAUAUGAAUAAUAGUAAUAAUCAUAGGAAUAUUUAUGCCAAUGGCGAUGUCAUGAAUGUUGAGGAUAACAACCGAUUUCAGACACAAAGCGUAUGGACAACAUUAAAUAUGAAUCAUAGAAAGGAAUUCUCCGAUUUGCCAAAUGAAUGUGUUCUUAAAAUUUUUUCCUAUUUGAAUGAUGUAAAAGAUCUUUAUAAUUGUUUAUUUAUCAACAAAUUUAUACAUGGAAUCGCUGUGUAUAUGUUAUGGAAAAAUCCUUUUAUCAACAAUGCGAAAUGGAGGGAUUCAAUAAUUCUUACUUAUUUAAAUGAAUUAAAUUUAGAAGAGCAAAAAACGUUAAUCCCUCUAAGAAUUAAUUUUCCUUUUAUCAAAUCACAUUCAUCCAAAUAUGCACCCUGCUUAGAAACUCUUGAUUUACACUUUUUACAUAUUGCCUGUUUAAAAUGGCUUGCUGGUGCGGGUUACUUUUGCCAAUGUGGAGAAUUGCGUAUAGUCCAGGCUGUCGUCUCUGCUAUCGUUCGGAUGGUUCUGCGUACAAAUCGAAAUCUUAAAAUAUUGAGCAUGAAGGUAGCUGAGGAUGAGCCUGAUGUCUCAAACGCUUCCAUUUUCUCAUCAAGUCAACCGGGCAUAUCAAGUUUACACUCUUUUCAUCUUACACUUAAUAAUACCCCUACAAAAAAAAACGUAUCUCAAUUUUUAACAAAAUUACCUGAUUUAUGUUUAAGUCUUUGCGAUGUCACUUUUGACUUUGCUGAAACAGAUAUUGAUGAAAAGAUUACUACGCUUUUAAUUAAACUCAUUAGAGUACAAAAAGCAUUAAAUCAUUUCACUUUGAAAUGUCGUGGUGCUAUUACUGGAAAAUAUAUUGAGACGUUAGAGUCCCAAAAGGAUCAUUUAAUUUCUCUGCAUUUGGAUAGAUUGGAUUUUCGAAAAAUUUCGGAUGACUCCUUGAAA